AUGUCGCGAUCGAAGCUUGAAAUAUUUGAAAAAGGUGAUUUUCGGGAGUAUGUAGAGAGACUCACGUUUUAUUUUAUCGCCAACAGUAUUGGACAAGUCGCAGCUGGGGCAACCGCGGACCAGGAGAGAGCGGCGGACACGCAAAAGGCAGCUGUCCUGAUCAGUCAACUCUCUGCUGAGAACUACUCGAUUCUGAAGAGUCUUUGCCUGCCGGACAAACCAGCGCAGAAAACGUUUGAGGAACUCGGAGAAUUGCUUUCAGAGCACUUCAAGCCUAAUGUCAGUGUGUUGGCGGCGACUCAUAGAUUCCAGAGGAUUUGUCAAAAGGAUGGAGAGUCAGCAACACAGUAUGCAGCUAGACUAAAGCAAGCAGCCAUGGACUGUAAGUUUCAGGCGUAUUUGGACAGGGCACUCCGAGACCAGUUUGUCAGUGGGUUGAAGUCGAUGAGUGUUACGAAGGAGAUAUUGUCGAAAGCAAAGGAGACCUCAAGUUUGGCGGACAUUGUGACGAUGGCAUCAGCCUAUGAAACUGCAUCGAGAGAGUCGGAACAAUUGACGGCGCAGUCCGUCCACGCCGUUCGUUCGCGCCAUUCGACGAGCAAGCCAACUCCAACUUUCAAGUCGCACGACAAGAAAUGUUUUCGGUGUGACAAGGCUGGUCACAAACCGGAAGAGUGCCGCUUCAAGAGUGUGAAGUGUCACGCGUGUGGUACGGUGGGUCACAUCGAGAGAGCUUGCCGCAAGAAGAAGUCUGGACAAACCGUCCAUCACAUCGCGGAAGAAAUUGGUGAGUUCGUUCCAUGUGCUAGUAAACCCGAUGUCACCAUGUAUAGUGUAAAUGCAAUGGGGCGACUACCGUACACUGUGUCAUUAGAUGUAAUGGGUACCACUAUCCAAAUGGAGAUUGAUACAGGAAGUGCUGUCACGAUUCUCAGCAGCGCAGAUUUCUUGCAAUGCAAUGGUGUGCUGAGUAACCUGAUGGAAUCCAGUAUCAACCUUGUGUCCUACUCUGGAGAUGUGAUUAAUUGUCUCGGGGAAGCGGAAAUGGAGUUCCGAAUGGGCACACAAUUGCACACACUAUUGGUGAGGGUUACAAAUGGAAACCGUCCAUCUAUUCUGGGCAGAGAUGCAAUGGCUUUGUUCAAACUCCCCUGGAAAUCAAUUUUCGAAGUGCACCAGGUCGAAAAGUCUGGCGCUAAAUUCAUUGAGAAAUACCCAGGGUUGUUCGACACCUCAGAAGUGGGAAAGGUGAAAGGCGUGCAGGUGAAAUUGCAUGUGUCUGAUGAGAGCCCUGUUUACCGAAAGGCAAGGCCGGUACCACUGUCAAUUCGGGAGAGCUAUGUUGAGGCUCUGAAUAAAUUGGAAGCAGAUGGUAUAAUCGAGAAAGUCACGCAUUCAGAAUGGGCCUCCCCUACUGUCACGGUAGAGAAAUCAGGAGGUGGGUUGAGAAUCUGUGGUGACUACAGUGGCACUAUCAAUCUGCAUUCUAAAUGCGAGCAAUACCCGCUACCCACUCUUGAGGAGCUAUUGCACAAAUUGGGCCCGGGGUCUAAAUUCACGAAGCUGGAUUUGUCGCAAGCCUACCACCAGCUAGAGAUAGCACCUGAAUGUCGGAAGUACACCACGAUCAAUACCAUGCAGGGGUUGUAUCAGUACAAACGACUCCCUUUUGGUUUUCACAGCGCCGUAUCUAUUUUCCAACGGGUAAUGGAAGAAACCCUUAGCGAUUUGCCAGGAUGCGGGGGCUACAUCGACGAUGUGUUGUGUACUGGUCGUGAUGAGGAGAUCCAUGAGAAAAAUGUGGAUCAAGUGCUAUCUUGCCUAAAUGAGAAAGGAUUCAAGCUCAAUCCUAAGAAGUUCAGCUACAUGGCGGAUAAGCUAACGUACCUCGGUCAUCAGGUAACCGCGCAGGGAAUCGCACCCUCGCCUGAUCGAGUGAAUGCCUUGAAAGUCGCAAAGCCGCCUAACAACGUGAAUGAAUUGUACUCUUUUCUGGGUGCGGCCAAUUCUCAACGGAAAUUUGUACCUCGGUUCGCAGAGAUUGCUGCACCACUGUACAACCUGCUCAGGAAAGAAAUGAAAUGGCAAUGGAGCAAGGCAGAGGAAGAUGCAUUCCAGGCCUUGAAAGAUGCAAUGUGUGAGCAUACGCUAUUAGCACACUACGAUGUCAAGAAGCCAGUCACACUCCAGGUGGACGCUUCUCCAAUGGGUCUAGGUGCCGUACUAUUGCAAAGGCAAAAGAAUGGUGAUGUUUUGCCGGUUGCUUACGUGUCAAGGAAAUUGACACCGGCUGAAUCGCGUUAUGCACAAAUCGAACGGGAAGCCGUAGCUGUGGUUUUCGGUGUUACGAAGUUCCAGAAAUACUUGCUAGGGCGCCACUUCACGCUUCAAACCGACCAUCAACCACUAUUGAAGUUACUGGGAAACAACGAACCAGUUCCUACACUUGCAUCAGCUCGCAUCAAGAAAUGGGCACUAAUGCUAGCUGGCUAUGAUUAUGAGAUCAAGUAUUUGCCAGGCAAGGAAAAUGUCUACGCGGAUUUCCUGUCUAGGCAACCAUGUGAGAAUAUCAGUCCGUCUGCAGAGGAAAUGGUUACGGUUCGUGUCUUGCUAGUGGAGGAAGAUACGAUAAUCAAAGCAGACGUAGUGAAAUCGGAAACAGCUCGUGACCCUGAGCUAUCUAAGGUGCUCUACUAUGUAGUGAAUGGUUGGCCUAGCUCAGUACCCCAAUCGUUUCGGUCUUACCACAAUAAGAGGGAUGAGCUGUCUGCGGAAGAUGGUAUCCUAUUGUGGGGACAACGAGUUGUCAUACCCAAAUCACUAAGAAUGGUAUUGCUACGUGAUUUGCACACGGAGCACUUUGGCAUGGUCAAAACCAAGCAAAUGGCACGACGGUACUUAUGGUGGCCAAAUGUGGAUCAAGAGAUUGAAAUGUUAGUCAAGGCAUGUGCUCAAUGCCAAGAAAGUGCGAAAUGUCCACCUGCCAAGUCGGGAACCUGGUCAUGGCCAAACGGUCCAUGGAAACGGGUGCAUAUCGACUUUGCAGGACCAUUCAUGGGCAAGAUGUUCCUGGUUGUGGUGGAUGCAUACACAAAGUAUCUGGAUGUAAUUGCAAUGUCUAAUGCCACGUCUGCAACCACUAUUGCGGCUCUGCGGCACGUGUUCUCUGUGUUUGGUCUGCCGGAGCAUCUUGUUUCAGAUAAUGGAACCCAAUUCACGAGCGAGGAAUUCAAGGCUUUCCUCCGUGCCAACGACAUUGUGCACACCCUGACGGCUCCAGGCCAUCCGGCUACGAAUGGACUUGCUGAGCGCUAUGUGGGUGUGUUUAAGCAGAAGUUGAAGGAAAUGGGUGCAACGAGCGAACCGCUGCAAGCUCGGCUCGACAGGUUUCUGCUAACGUACCGCACGACACCCAACCAUGCCGGCAGAACACCUGCGGAGAUGAUGUUUGGACGCCAGCCACGCACGCGGCUCAGUGCUCUGCGUCCCUCGCAGGUACGUCAACAAGCAAAGGCUUAUGAGGACGGCAAUCGCGUCAAGCCAGCGUUCACAGAGAGUGACUCUGUGUUUGCGCUGAAUUUCGGCAAAGGUAAUCGUUGGGUCCCGGGACGAAUUGUGCGUGUCCUCAGUGACUACAACUAUGAAGUACAAGUGGGUGAUGUGUUGUGGAAGCGUCACCGAGAUCAGUUGCGUCUACGGUCAGUUCCGGCAAGCUUGAGUGCAUCGCUGCCAGAACCACUGUUGGAUAUAAUCGAUCAGACGUCACCGUCACCAGUGCUGUCAGACGUAGGAGAGUCGUCACGGGCCAGUGAUUUUCCGGCUAGCGUCUCGCCACAGUCUGCUACUGUACAAGUUGAGGCGGAUCCUCCUUGUGAGCAGUCGGCUCCUGAAGUUGGUUUACCACAGGUCGAGAAUACUCCCUGUGAAACCACUGUUAGACGUUCGUCUCGGCGUAGUGUUCGUCCGGAUAGACUGAUUGAACAGUUUUGA